UUUAUUUUUUUGUAACGGCAGCAUUUAUUAUGUAACGGCAGCAUUUAUUAUGUAACGGCAGCGUGAUUUACGCCCAACGGACGAGGAGAUUCAGCAUCGGUUACUGGUUCAUGAGGCUAUAUAAGGAGGCAGAGUUCAUUCGGGAAAACACACAGAAAUUCACAAAGAAUUUCAUAGCUCCCUCUUCCUCCUUCUGCUACUCUUAGUACUCAAAGAUUUUCGGCUACAUAUUUUGAGGAUUAUUUUUGGGCAAUCAUCUUCAUCUGAGCAGAAGCUCUGCUACUCGCGCCCGAGUAGAGAGGCCGGCCGUUUCCGGGGGGCUUUUACCGCUAGGGGGGAGGAUCAACUACGCCAGGGCGACAGGCGGGUCCUCUAUCUUCUAGGGCAGUGUAUCACGACUGCACCCCGUUCAGGCCUGAUUUUUCAUAACUCAUUUAUUUUCAGUUAAACUAAUUGUUUAUUUUGUUAGCAAGUUUCCCUUCAGACGACAUUAGUCAAGUUCUUACCAAUGGCUAUGCCGCACUCUGUGAUGCUCCCAUUCCCUGACACAAGCCACAUCAAUUCCAUGCUCCAAUUAGCUAAACUCCUCCACUCCAAAGGCUUUCACAUCACUUUCAUCAACACUGAAACUAGCAAGCAAACCAUACUUGAAUCUCAAGGAUCUGAUGCUUUUCAGGGCUCUGAGCAUUUCGUGUUUGAAACUGUAGCCGAUGCAUUUGUACCGACUAGUUUGCAUACAAACCAGCGUGUUGCCAAAUCUUCAAUCAAAACCUAUACUCAUUGUGCUUCUCCCCUUAGAGAUGUUCUGAUGAAGCUCAAUAACUCAUCAGGUAUACCGCGCAUCAGUUGUAUUGUAUACAAUUGGCUAAUGGAUUUUGCUCUAGACGUUGGAGAGGAGUUGAAUAUUCCUGCAAUGGUUUUCUGUUCGAUGAGUGCUUGUGGUUUCAUGGCUGAUCUUCACUUGGAGGAACUCGUUGAGAGAGGAUACACACCUUUGAAAGAUGAGAGCUAUCUAACAAAUGGGUAUCUUGACACAACUAUUGACUGGAUACCAGGAAUGAAAGAUGUUCGUCUCAAAGACCUCUCGAGUUUUGUUAGAUCACUCGACAGUGAUGAUUUCUUUCUCAACAACGAAAAGAAGGUAACCAAAAAAUCACUUGGAGCUCAAGGUUUGAUCCUCAACACAUUCGACUUACUAGAGACGGAUGUUGUGAAUGCCCUCUCGGCUAUGUUUCAAAAGGUAUAUGCCAUAGGACAAUUUUCAGAAUUAACUCGCAACAUUACAACAAAUUAUCGCAACUCUCUGUGUUUAAACCUUUGGGAGGUAGAUGGUGACUACAAAGCAUGGCUAGAUGCCCAAAAACCUCGGUCUGUAAUUUACGUGAGCUUCGGGAGUCUUAUCACAGUUAGCCACGAAGAAUUGGUAGAGUUUGCUUGGGGGCUUGCAGAUAGUUACUGUUCGUUUCUAUGGAUAAUAAGGCCUAACCUUGUGCGAGGAGAUGGCGCCAUACUGCCUCAAGAUUUCAUUGAGAAGACCAAGGAGAGGAGCUACAUAGCUAGUUGGUGCUCACAAGAAGAGGUUCUCUCUCAUGUUUCUGUCGCUGGAUUCUUAACACACUGUGGAUGGAACUCGACCCUGGAGAGCAUUAGUGGUGGAGUACCAUUGGUUUGUUGGCCAGGGUUUGCCGAACAGUACACAAACACUCGAUAUGUUUGUAAGGACUGGGGCGUUGGCAUUGAGAUUGAUAGAGACGUCAAGAGGGAGCAAGUUACUAGCAAAGUGAAGGAAUUGAUGGAAGGGGAUCAGAAAGCGAACGAUAUGAGGAAGAACGCGAUGAAAUGGAAGGAGAGAUCUAAGGAAGCAACUAGUCAGGGUGGGUCUUCCUAUAAUAACCUUGAAAGAUUUAUUGAGGAUCUAAACAUGAUGAAACAGGUCUCUUUCUGAUCCUAUUGCCGAUGGCUCGCGUGCUAUCAAGGGGUAUAACUCGUUAGCAGAUGUCUGCGUCUUUAAAUAAUUGAACUGUUGUUAUGUGAAGCCAUGAUAUUUUCAGUUGAAGAUUGUUGUUCAAAUAUAUACUUUAUCCCGAAAGCACGAAUGACGUAGACGAUAUGAAUAAUCCUGACAAUGGUUUGUGGCUUGUUAAGACAUGUUUGAUGUUGGGAGCUUCAACAAGGUGUAUCCAAGAUGAUCAAAAUUAUAUGAAACCCUUAACUUGUGUGCUUGCAUUCAC